AUGGCAACUAGCAAUCUGUCAACAUUGGAUGGUUGGUGUACAUCACAGUUAAAGAUUGUCCUUCUUGGUGGCAGAGACUCUGGAAAGAAUGCUGUAGGAAACUUAAUCCUGGGUAAAGAAGAGUUUGGCACAGAAGAGAGGACUUUAUGCUCCAGGAGGAUUGGGAAAGUGUCCGAACUGCGGGUCACAGUUGUGAACACUCCUGGCUGGUGGUGUGACUCCAGUGCUCAGAACACACCUAAGCUGGUGAAGAGGGAGAUCAUAACCAGCGUUGCUCUCUGCUCGCCAGAAAAGCGUCGGAAGGCUUUGGAGGAACACGUGGCCCUGCUGGGUGACGCGGUGUGGAGUCACUGCAUGGUUGUCUUCACCUGUGCUGAGAAGUACAAAGACACAAAUUCAGAAGAGUAUGUAGAAAAUAAGUCAAAGGGAGUUACUAACAUCAGGAUUGUGGUCCUUGGAGCUAAGGGUUCUGGGAAGACUUCAGCACUCAACACAAUCCUGGCAAGAGAGAACAACCCUAAACCCAUUAGGACAGUUCGUUGCCAGGCUGGACAAGAAAUGGUGCUUGGGAGACUGGUAACUGUGGUGGACACACCAGGGUGGUGGAUGAACUACUUCUGUGAUGAGAGCUCCAACUUUGAUCGGGGGGAAUUGGCGCUGAGUUCGUAUUUUUGUCCUCCGGGACCUCACGUAUUUCUGCUGGUGAUCCGUGUGGACAGAGCAUUCACAGAGACCUGCAGAAGAGCAGCACAGGAGCAUCUAGAUAUGAUCGGUGAACACAUCUGGAGUCACGUUAUCCUGCUGUUUAGUUUUGGGGACUGGCUCGGAGACACGCCUAUUGAGCAGUACAUUGAGAGUGAGGGAGAAGCUCUGCGGUGGAUUGUUGAAAGAUGUGGCAACAAGUAUCAUGUUCAGAACAGUAAAAUGAAAGAUAAGGAAUUUCAAGUCAGGGAGUUGAUUGCAAAGAUUGAGAAAACCAUCACUAGCAGUGACAACGGCUGCUAUUAUAAACUAGAGAGGAAAGUGUUGGAGCAGCUGGAGGGGACGAUGCGAAGAGAGAAAGAGAGAACCAGAGAAAGGCUAAUGAAGAAGAAGAAACAAAGGCAGAUGGCAAGAGCUCAGCUGGAGAACCUCGAACCUUUGACAGAGCUGAGAGUCGUGCUCAUUGGUGGCCCAAAAAUAGGCAAAAGCUCCUGUGGAAACACCAUCCUCAGCAGAGACUGCUUUGACACGGCUGCUCAAACUACUUCCUGCACCGAAAGGAAGGGAAAUAUCUGUGGCAAGAUGGUGGUGGUAGUAGACACACCAGGCUGCCUCUCUGUGACAUCGGACUUCUUGAAGGCAUCCUGUGCUAUACUUCUGGUUGUCAAUCUUAGCUCGUCGUUCAAAGAUACCUGGAGGAAAACCUUGCAAAAAGACCUGGAGGCAGGUGGAGAUCAGUUAUGGAGCAGAUGUAUGGUCCUGUUCAGCUAUGGUGACAUGCUGGGUGACACAAGCAUCGAGCAGCACAUUGAAAGCGAAGGAGAGCCACUGCAAUGGCUUGUUGAGAAGUGUGGGAACAGAUAUCAUGUUUUAGACAAUAAGAACUGGGGAGAUGGAGCUCAGGUUAAAGAGCUAAUUGAUGUGAUGGAAGAGAUGCUGGUUGAUGAGAGGCAGGCUCUUCUUCACAGAGGUGAUCACAUGUGGAAAAGUUUUGCUUCAGCUCAAGAGCAGCAGAUAGGCACAGAGCCACUGUGCAAAAGGGGACCAGAGGAUUUCAUGCGCAGCAGACCUGAGCAGUCCAAUAACUUGCCUGAAUCUCUCCCCUAUCAAUCACCAAAGCUCUCAGAAGAUUGUUCUCAGUUAGUAGCGUUACCAGCAGGAAGAACCACAGAGUUGGCUGGAUGCAUCAUUGUGGACCAAUAUCACUUCAUGUCCUAUAUAUUCUCUCCGCUUUCUGGCAAACAAGUACUGAGGUUGCCAAAAGUGACUCAGCAUGUCCCAUCUCCUGCUCCUCACAACCACCUGAGAGUGAACAGGGAGGGUCACAUGGAUCCCAUCCCACGCAGACUUGAAACAACGCAUCUGGUUUCAUCUCAGACACAGAACGAGCCAUGUGUAGAACAAGAUUUGAUCAGUGUGCAAUCACUCUGCCAUCCUGCACUGAUAGAGCGGACUCUUAGGAGGGUCUCUGAGUCUGGAGGCCUGCAGACAUUCAUUGAUCAGUGGGGCAACAGCAGCCUGGAGGAACUGGAAGCCUUCGUUGACUUGCACUUUGAGAUUGUGUGGGAAGAAGCCAUGAGAUCAUGUCAGCCGCCUGAACCGAGCCACGCCGUGCCCGAGCAGGAUAAUGCUGUUGGGGAAGCUGGAGAGGAAGUGUUUACAUCCAUUCACAGGAAACUUUCAAAGCUGGAGCUGCUUGAGGAGAUAAAGAGGGAUCUGGCAGAACAGAGAAAGCGCGUGGAGCAAAUCUGGAGGAUCAUACAGCAACUUGCAUACGAAAUCAAACAGGACCGUAAUAAUACACGCUAAUAAAGGGGUCUCAGUAAUAACAGAAACAAAGAUCAAUAAUAAAAGCAGAGAAUGGAAGAGAGAAAUUGGUAUUUUAUCGAGUGAAAUAAAAAUU